CCCCCCCCAAAAAAAAAAACCCCACAAAAAACAACAACAACAAAAACAAUAGGCUCAGAAAUAAAUAACUUUUAGUAAUUCCAAAGUAUGAAAACAGGCUUUCUCUGUGGGAAGGACUUUCUUUUGCAUUAAUGAGGUUACGUGAUGAUAGAUUGAGGCGAUAUUGCAGCUUUAAAAAAAAUAAAAAAAAAUAAAAAAGAAGUCUCCAAGUAAUUAUUUAACAUAAAAUAAAAUUAUAGAUAAGAAUCAAUAUUUUAUAUAUGAUUUAUUUAGAUUAUUAAUUUUACUGUGAAUUGUUUUUGUUACCUGUAAAUACUGCAUUUGCUGCGAAACUACAUUUUACAGGUUCGCAGACAUUUGAUGUUGUCUGCAUCUGCAACGAUAAAAAAAGAAAAUGUUGACCUCGUUGAGUGAUAUCAUAUUUAUUUGUGGUUUGUCUGAGUAACGACCAUACUCUAGAGAGCAUUAUCUGGCAAGCAUUUACGGUACACACUACCAUGAGUGAUAGUAGAAGGAAAAGGCAUGGUCCAGGUCCCAAAACUCGGUCUGAUAACGCGGAAAACUUUUACCGAAUUCCAUUGAAUGGUGCGAAUCGUGCGAAAGGUAGCCAUUCCAGUACUUAUAAUCAGAAAAUGAACAUAGUUGACAGUGUCAGGAAAAUAGUACAAGAAGAAGGGCGAACAGCAAGAAAUCUUGUAAAGUACAGCGUUCCACUUGAAACUCGACAAGAAAGAACAGGACGACCAGCAACAAGGCGUGCCCGCAAGAGUCGACCAAACUCUAUUUCAUCAGAUAGUUAUGCCCAAGGAAAGCGGUCGCCCAUUGACGCCAAAUUAGCUCCGAAAUCCCCGAAGUCCGAUGUGAAAAAGCCUGACUCGAGAGCUCGGUACUGGAAGUUUCUGUUUGACAACUUACAGAGAGCAGUUGACGCCAUUUAUGAAACAUGUGAAAAUGAUGAGAGUGAAGUGGAAUGCAAGGAGGUGAUAAUGAUGUUGGAGCAGAGUACGAAGGAUUUCCGGUCCCUGAUUGAACGCCUUAAUUUACUCAAGGCUUAUGAAGAUGCAGCAAAGGAUGGUGAGAGACCUGUAUCGAUAGCCUGGGAAGUGAGGAAGAUGUCUCCUGGAAAGAACGCCUCAACCCCUGGUUCUGGACAUGGCCGGUGCUCCCCAAGUCCAGCCCAGCGAGCUCUUUCCUUCAACACAAUGACACAGAGUUCUGCCAAAUCACCUCAAGUAGGCAGCUGGGCAGACAAGGUGCGUGGCGUUCCUACCCUCCGGCCACCCCCACAGCCAGUUCAACAUCUUCAGACACUGUCUGAUGAAGGUGAAGAUGAUGAUGGGUGGGAGACCGUGCACCGAGGUGGGCGCAUGCGAUCACGGAACCCCUCGUCACAGAAGUCUCUGGAAAACCUUUCUAAAUGUAACGAGGGUCAGAAGAAGAAUCUCCAGAGAUCGAAAUCUGUCCCCGAUGCCACAGAUGACAGUGCGAUGUCUGUGCAAAACACUGCAACUAAGUCUGUGUCAGAGAAGUUCAUAAACAUGACUGAUAGUCUGAAGGAGUGGACAGGAAGUAAGGAGAGUGAGAAAAAAAACAUUUCUGAGAACGGCAGUAAGAUUGGUGACGGACAUCUUGUAAACCAUUCUCCUUGUAAGCCGGACACAGAUAAACUAGCAUGCAGUAAGCCGGACAAGGAUAAACUAGCAUGCAGUAAGCUGGACAAGGAUAAACUAGCAAGCAGUAAGCCAGACAAAGAUAAACUAGCAAGCAGUAAGCCGGACAAGGAUAAACUAGCAAGCAGUAAGCCAGAGAAGAAUAAACUAGUGGCAGAGACCAUUACGGACAAGUGUGUAGAAAAGUCGUUUAGUUCCGAUGAGGGGCAUGAGGAUAGUGCUCUUGUUGACAAUGAACUGGCAUCAAUGUUGGAUGAAGAAGAUAGUUUGUCAUAUCAACUUGAACAAGAACAGGAACGAGCCAUUCAGUCGGCUAUUAAAGUGGAAGAGUCUUACCUCAAAGAGAUGGCUAAGGAAGAAAGCCUGGAGAUUGACAUAGAACCUGACGGUGAUGACAGUGAACUGGCAAAUACUACCAGCUCGUUGGAGACGUCUGAUAAUCAGGUUCUUGAUUGGGAUACUCUGGUGGCUCAGUAUGAUGAGAAGGACAGUGCUAAAAAGUCUUGGGGAGAACAAGUGGAAGAAGCAGAGGCACGUACUCCUGGCCAUGGCUUUCACAUGCAUGAGAAACUCUCGUCUCCAUCGAGAAAGAGAUCACCAACAGAAUCACGGAGACGACAUGAAGAGAAGCAGGCCAAGGCUCAGGAAUUGAGAAAGAAGUUCUUACAGGACAAGGCAGACCGUCUAAAAGAACUUUCUAAAAAGGUUGAGGAGGUACAGCAGUGGAAGGAAGAGCUGAUGCGUCAGCGAUGGGCGACGAUUGAACGCAAACUGCAUCGCGCUGAGGAGAAACGUCAAAGUCAGCUGAAGAUUAAGUCAAAGAAAGCUCAUGAAGAAGAGGCAAAGGCUAAUGAAAUUGCAUUCAUCAACACACUGGAGGCACAGAACAAAAGACAUGAUAUUUUGUCCAAACAGAAGGAAUCUGAAGCCAGACUUCAGGAUCUGAUGGAGGAGAGACAGAAAAGGACGGAGGAAAAACAAGCUAAAGAAGCCGCGGUGGAAGAACGUCGGAAAGCUCUGGAAGCAGAACGCAAAGCCCGCCUCGAGGAGAUGCAGGAGAAGAGAAAACAGCGACACGCUCGCAUUGAGCAGCAGCAGCUAGAGAAAGAGAAGGAGAGAACGGAAAUCUUGAAGACAAAAGAGAAAGAGAGGCAGGAGAGACUGGCCACACUGAAUGCUCAACAGCAGACUCACAUACAGGAGCUGCAGAAGAAAAUACAGCAAAAGCAAGAUGAAAGCUCCCAGCGCCAUGAGGAAAUUCUUCAGCAGAUCCGCGAGAAGGCGUUUGAAAUGACCAUUUUACGUCAUUCUACUGAAGAUCACAAUGACGCACCCCAGCUCACUCCGUAUGAUGUUCAGAAGUUGUGCACAGUCUGCAACUAUUUGAUUCCCUCGGAAGUGUAUUUGCUCAGUCAUCUGAGAGGCAAGAAACAUCAGCAAGGCUUGAAAGAUAACAAUUCAGGAAAAACCAUGUCCAAUCAGGAAAUAGAAAUGUUCAACCUGAGUCACAUUGUGAAUGCCCCUGAUAACAGCAAUCAUCCUAAAAUAGUGACAGUUAAAGAACGACAGAAGGCUCUCAAGAAACGAUGGAAGAAACUCAGACAGAGAAUGACAUCAAGGGGUUUGGAGUAUGAAGGAUCACUGGCUAAUAAACAACAGACAACGGAAUCAGACCACAAAGCCAAGCUGCAAAAAAUUGUGAAAGACUUGAGUAAAUACUUACAGAGUCAGGACACAGGACCUUGGCCGCAAAACAGAGUGUCGGCCCUUGAUCGAGCGGUUGUUGAACUCUCCAGAAUUUUGGAGAAAAAGGUUGCUAGCGAUCAAGUAAGUUUCCGAAUUCUUGGUGGUUUGACCAGUUUAAGCCGGAUUCUUCAAGUGAUUGAUGACUCCACUUGCACUCUGCCUCCUGUGAUACCUGUGAAAUCCCUGUGCCAUGUGUGUGAUGUUUACCGCUUGGCAUGUAAGAUAAACUUUGAGAACUGUCACUACAUGCUGUUCAGCAACAAACUAGGACAAGUGGCAGAUCACCUUAUACAUCAGCUGGUGUUGCUGAUCCCCGAGGUGACCCCGAAGGACCGCGAGAUGAAGAUGUCACACGACCCACUAGCCGCCAGCCUGAUGCAGGUGAUCACGUGUGUGUUGACGUGCCUUGCCAAGAACAACCCCACCCUACACUCAAGCGAGGCCUCCAUGGAGCGCAUGAGCAGCAGUGGGGACGCGUUCGCUAGUCGUGCUAACGACUUCAUCAGCUACAUCAUCUGUAUUGGUAUAAUUGAUAAACUGCAGCACUACUUCAACAACGUCCGUGGUCCCAUCGACACUGACAAAAAUGUAGCAGAGUUCCUGCAACACAGUCUUGGUCUGUUGGUUUCCAUGACAAAGUUCAUGUCGAAAAGAAAUGCAAACAUGUUUGACAACAAGAAGGAUCACGACUCGACUCAGCUCAUCCAGACGUUUGAGGUGACCGAGUUGGUGGGAAUCGUGUCCUUGCUGUAUGGGAUGUUGCUGCAUUCCGGGGCUCCGAGUCGUGGGGACGUCGUGCCACCCGAGCUGUCCCAGCACAGUUUGUCGGUGACACUGGCCGGACUGCGCAUGCUCAACAACAUGGCCAUGUUGGACCUCGGCAUGCUUCAGAGAAGUCUGGGAGAGGAGGGUCUGUCCCUGGAGUUCCGACACAUCGCCAGCUACCUCAUCUGGUACUGUUCCCAUCACAUGGCCAUGGAAGAACUCCUACACGAAGUCAUCCUCUGUGUUGGCUACUUCACCAUACUAAACCCUGACAACCAGAUGAUAAUUCAGUCCGGACAGCCCCCGACCGUCUUACAACAGUUGUGUGCCCUGCCGUUCCAGUACUUCAGCGACCCACGUCUCACCAACGUCCUGUUCCCCACGCUCGUCUCAUGCUGCUACAACAAUCACCUAAAUCGGGAGAUCCUCGAACAAGAACUUAGCUGUGCUUUGUUGGCCAAUUUUAUAGAGGAGAAGCAACUGGAAGCCCAGCAGGCCAAGUCUACUCCAUCAUCAGCGAAGAAAACAAGGCCUCAAGAAAAAGAAUUCCGUGAGACUGAGAGCCGAAUGAGCCUGGUGUCACGAUUCCCGCUAGACCAGUGGCCCGCGGCCCAGGAGUAUUUCAAGGAAGACGACGACUGUUCAUCUAGCAAGUCAUAGCAGUAUCCCAGCACCAGAGACAUUCGACAUCUACAUAAUCACAGCACGUGUGUGUAUCACAGAACACCUUUCCAACACUCACUGUGAUAGCAAGUCAUAGCAGUAUCCCAACACCAGAGACGUUCUACAUCUACACAAUCAUAACACGUGUGUAUGUGUGUGUGUAUCACAGAACACCUUUCAAUGACUCACUGUGAUAGCAAGUCAUAGCAGUAUCCCAACACCAGAGACGUUCUACAUCUACACAAUCACAGCGUGUGUGUGUGUGUGUGUAUCACAGAACACCUUUCCAAUACUCACUGUGAUAGCAAGUCAUAGCAGUAUCCCAACACCAGAGACGUUCUACAUCUACACAAUCACGUGUGUGUGUCAGUAUCACAGAACGAUGACUAUUCAUCUAGCAAGUCAUAGCAGUAUCCCAACACCAGAGACAUUCGACAUCUACACAAUCACAACACGUGUGUGUGUGUGUGUGUGUGUGUGUGUAUCACAGAACACCUUUCAAUGACUCACUGUGAUAGCAAGUCUUAACAAUAUCCCAACACCAGAGACAUUCUACAUCUACACAGUCACAAUACGUGUGUGUGUGCGUGCGUAUCACAGAGCACCUUUCCAACACUCAAUGUGAUAGCAAGUCUUAACAGUAUCCCAACACCAGAGACGUUCUACAUCUACACAAUUGUAACGUGUGUGUGUGUGUUACAGAACAUCUUUCCAACACUCACUGUGAUAGCAAGUCUUAACAGUAUCCCAACACCAGAGACGUUCUACAUCUACACAAUCACAACGUGUGUGUGUCCGUAUCACAGAACGAUGACUAUUCAUCUAGCAAGUCAUAGCAGUAUCCCAACACCAGAGACGUUCUACAUCUACACAAUCACAGCAUGUGUGUAUGUGUGUGUGUAUCACAGAACACCUUUCAAUGACUCACUGUGAUAGCAAGUCAUAGCAGUACCCCAACACCAGAGACGUUCUACAUCUACACAAUCACAGCAUGUGUGUGUGUGUGCGUAUCACAGAGCACCUUUCAAUGACUCACUGUGAUAGCAAGUCUUAACAGUAUCCCAACACCAGAGACGUUCUACAUCUACACAGUCACAACACGUGUGUGUAUCGCAGAACACUUUCCCAACAAUCACUGUGAUAGCAAGUUUUUUCACAUAACAUUAGACUUUCGUUUUCAAGUAGAGCAACCGUACCCUGCACACCCAUCAGUCCACUUUGAGAGUUCGAAAUACCGCACCCACUUAACAAACCACAUUUCCCCUCCAACACCGAUUGUGUUCACAGUUUUUGUGGCACCUGUUGCCUCUUAGUCAUACCUGCUCAAUGAUCAGUAAAUAUCACCAGUAAAUAAUUUGUCAUCUUUGAAUAAUUAUUAUAUAUUGUUUAAUGUACACAUUUAAAUUAUUUUUAUCAGACAAUGGGAACUAUACAGAUCACAGACAUGACUAAACUACAUUGAAUGUAACUAUAGUCCGUCCCACAAGGAAUACCUUUUUUUUCAAACUAUGGAAUUUACUACAAGUUCUUUAUUUCUGAGCUGAUUGAUUUGUAAAUUGCACACAAAAAUAGUAUUUGUUAUUUCCAAAACACUUUUACUUUUCUUCUUAUGUGAUACCAAACUGAAAUUAUUAAUAAAAAACACUUUUGUAGAAGGAUGGGACGGACUAUAAUAAUGUCUGAAGUUUCCAUGAUGGUAAAAGUAAAAACUUGAUUAGUUAACUAAAUGUUGUUAAACCUACACCGAAUGUUUAAUCCAUGUAUGUGAAAAGAACUGUCGAGCUGAAGUCUCCACAAGCUUGAAAAUGUUCCAAGAUAACUGUGGACAUACUUUAUGAUCAAGAAAUCUGAAGACUAGUCAUUGGAAUACAGGUUAGGACUACAUUCAGUCGUUAACCAAGUUUAACUCUCCAUUUCAGUAUAUUUCGCUCAGUACAGUUUGAUACAAGUUUUAAGGUGAUUCUGACAAACAGAGCUUUAAUGACAAAAUAUUGUAUAUUAAUUUUUUUGUCAUUAAAGAAUGCUAGUAAGACUUUCUGCCAGAAAAUAAUCAGAGGAUACCUAAUAAAAACAAAACAAAUUAUAAGUGCCCCUAUUAGUUGGUUAUAGGUUUGAAAUCUUUUGAAAAUGAACACUGCAUUUCAUGUAUUGUGACAACUAAUAAACAGCAGUUUUCUUACAACAGCCUUUCUAAAAAUUAAAAAAAAUUAUUCAUUGGUUUACAAGAUUUUAAGGUUUGUAAUUUUACCCUUCGUACCCUCUGGCAGAACCUGUGCUAAUGUCUGAAUAUUCAGUAUUUCCGACUACCCUAGUGUUUGUAGUAACUCCAACUUUGUUUUGUGUCCUCUAUAUACAUCUGUUUGACCUACCUACUACAAACAUUACAACAACCAAAAACACAUUGAAUGUACAGACUGAUAUUCUGGACAACAAAAUGUAUUUGAUGUGUAAUAGUAGAUGUUCAAAAGCCUAUUUUUGUCGUUAUGGAAGUUAUCAAUUGUCUACAAACACUAGUUAUGUUUUCAGUCCUGUACAGGUCCAGACAGAGCAGACUGGAGGCGACGAUAGAUUCCAUCUGCUUCAUUCUGUCUGUCCCACUUAUAGUUUCCAGACUUUACUUUUACAAUGCCUCGAGAUAUUGAGCAGAAUUUUGGGUAUAGCUCUAUCAUGUACUGUCAAAGAAAUUUUUCUUUCAUGGUGAUUUACACAUUUUUGACAGAGUUAUCGGCGCUUAUUGCCCUUGAAUUUAGGAGAUACAAAAAUGAGUUUUCUGGACAGUUUUUUUUUUUUAGGAAUGCCUCAAGAUAAUGAGCUGAAAUGUUGAAACCGUAGUUUUAUCAUGUAUUGUUACAGAUCAGUUUUGACUGAAUUAUUGCCCAUAAAUUCUGGAGAUACGGAAAUUAGUUGUUUGUGGUUGUUUUUUUCUUGUUUUUUUUCCAGUAUGUCUCAAGAUAUUGAGUUGAAAUUGUUGUGUAUAGGUCAGGUCAGGUCAGGUCAGGUCAGAGUGUUUAACGUGUACAU